AUGCGUGGAACACUUGUAGCUGCCAUUCUCAUCCUCCUCUUCGUCCUCUUUACUCCUUCUUUCAUCCGCUCUAAGCAAAUUCCCAAUGCUCCAAUAUUUGGCUAUCGUUCCUUUUUCGAGCCGACUUUUCUCCUGCAGGGCCGCUUCAUCCUGGGUGCUCGACAUAUCAUCCAUGAUGCCUACACUACGAUGAGAGGAAACCCAUUCGUCCUCCGGCGUUGGGACGUGGAUUUCCUGGUCCUACCAAUGAGGUAUCUGGAGGAGGUUCGACUGAUUUCUCCCUCCAAGCUCAGUAGCAAAGGGGCUCAGACUGGGAAUCUAGCCCCCGAGUACACCUCGAUGCAAUUCCUCUACCACUCCAACCUCCACCUCGACGUUCUCAAGAAGAAGCUCAUUCCUGACUUGUAUAACUAUGUGGAUAAGGCCAAGGAGGAAUUGGUGUAUGGGUGGGAGCGCGAUCUGCCGCAUACUGAUGAAUGGACCUUGGUUUCCAUUGAAAAUCACCUGCGCAUGCUCGUGGCCCGCAUGACAGCCAAAGUCUUCAUGGGAGCCCCGACCUGCCGCGACCCGGACUGGCUGCGCAUCUCCAUCGACUUCUCCGUCGAUCUAUUCACCACUGCCUUCACUAUCAAGAUGUUCCCGCCCUGGCUGUACGGAAUCGUUGCGCGGCUGGUGCCCGCCCGCUAUCGCACCUUCCGGCAGCUGAAGACUGGCCGCCAAAUCGUGGGCGAGCUCACACAGCGGCACCGUUUGGCCCAGGAGAAGCGACUGCGCGGAGAAGCAGAGGACGAAGAAGACACUUUACUGAACUGGAUGCUGGAUCAUGGUACUCCCAGUGAGGUCGCGGUGGAUGAGAUGGGCGCUCGUCAGUGCGUCCUGACCCUGGCUAGUAUCCACACCACUGCCUCCAAUGUUUCCAACAUGCUGUAUGACCUCUGCACUUAUCCCGAGUGGUUCGCUGAGCUUCGGGCAGAGGUUCUGGCGAUUGCUGAGGACCUGGGUGGACCCCCCGGGCAGGAAAACCCUCCAAUCAGUGCUAAAGAGUGGUGUACUCGCUUGGACAAGUUGGAUAGUUUCUUCGUAGAAAGCCAGAGGCAUAGUCCUGUUCUUCUCCUCAACCCUCAAAGACUAGCCUAUGAAGAUAUCGCACUAAGAGACGGCACCCUCAUUCCCAAGGGUUCACGGCUCGCCUUCGCCAACUACGAGCACUCGAUGGACCCGGCCGUCUACUCAGACCCACAGGCAUUCGAUCCCAUGCGUAGCUACCGAAAACGCAUGGCCCACCCGGACCAGCGUGACCGGCAUAAGGCCGGCAUGACCCAUCCCGACAACUUGGCCUUUGGCUAUGGGAACCAGGCUUGCGCUGGCCGCCAAUUCGCCGUCGCCGAGAUCAAGCUGAUCAUGGCGCGGUUGUUGUAUGAUUUCGAGUUCGACUUCUCCGCUGAUCAGAGGGCGCGAGGUCGUCCUCAAACACUCCAUGUCAAUGAGAAUUGUUUCACAGAUCAAGGGGCUAAAUUGUUGAUGAGAAAGAGAAGGCCGGAGAGGAUUACAAGCGAGAGGGGCUUGUAG